CACUAGUCAUUAAAUUUAUUUAUUAUUUUAGUAACUUACAUUCAUCUUUUGCUACAGACUGGACUAAAGAGUAAAGACUUAUUUUAUCUUGAUAGAGAGAUGAGUAGGUGUCUGAUAUGUUGAUUACUGUGUUAUAUUAAAAUGUUUUUUACUUAUUAGAACUAUUCAAUGUAUAAUUUUGUCACCAAAUUGUGACCACAGUGAUUUAUUUCGCCAUUAUAAUAUUAUUUUGAACCUAAUGUUAUGUUACACUCAAAAUGGAAGAACUUAGGUGAGAACUAUGCCCAAACUUUCUUGCUGCAGCAUCCAAUUUCCAGGCUGUCUGAGUUUCCCCAGUGACAGUGAGGAGCUCCUUACAGCCAACAUGGCAAGGGAACCAGUCAUGCUAAAUGUUUAUGAUAUGUAUUGGAUCAAUGAAUAUACCACUCCCAUUGGCCUGGGAGUGUUUCAUUCUGGGGUGGAAAUAUAUGGUCAAGAAUACGCGUACGGUGGCCAUCCGUACCCCUUCUCUGGUAUAUUUGCCAUAACACCAAGGGACGCAGAAGAGUUAGGGGAACAGUUUAGAUUUAGACAAUCAAUCCAUGUAGGACAUACCGACUUCACCGAACAAGAUGUUAAAAGAAUAGUUCAAGAAUUAGGCAAGGAUUUCCGAGGAGACCGUUAUCACCUAAUGAACAAAAACUGUAAUCACUUCUCAGGUUCAUUAACACAGAUCCUUUGUGGACAGGAAAUUCCAUCGUGGGUGAACAGACUGGCCUACUUUAGCUCCUGUGUUCCGUUCCUGCAGCGAUGUCUACCCCGCGAGUGGCUAACACCUAUGGCUCUGCAACAGUCCAUCAGCCAACACAACAAAGAGACAUCCCCGGACUCUCCUCUCUAGCUGUGAUAUCGUCAGUCCGUUUACUAAAUUAUACUGUAUUUAUUUUUAACCAGGCAGUUCUACGUUAUGAUGCAUGAAUGAGAAAUUUCAUGUGUAAGACUUUUUUAUAAGUAUACUGUAAAAGCAGCAUUUUACUAAAGAUAAUUUUAUAUAUUAAAAUAAAAAGAUUUUUACACUGCAUCUUUUUUACAGUACGUUAUUAAAUUGAAUUGAUGCUUUUAAGACUUUUUACUAUCUUUUAGUAAAUUUAUAUGAUUAAAAGUAUAUGUGAUCUACUUCGUAGUUUUAACUAUUUUUUUAAUAUGCUAUACUCUUAAGUGGCAUAAUUUCAAUUAAACAGUGGCAGUAGUUGUUUUCUCAUUUAUUACAAAUAUUGUCACGUACACAAUUUUCAAAAUGGACAAUGGUGAUGUAUUAAUUUUUAUCUACACUUAAUUUUUUCGUCUUAUAUUAAUUAUUUAUUGUUAAAAUGCAUGAGCACAAUAUUUUUCUGUGAAUAUGGUGUAAGAUAAUCUAGUUAUAGUUUUUGUCUCCACGUUCAAAGGUGUACCUGUUUUGUAUAUUAUGAAACUAAUUAAGUUGUUGAAAAGAAUUUUCAUGAAAAUCCCUAAUAUAAUUGACAUUUGUUCAUUUUGAAUCCUAGGCAUAGCACAGAUAACAGUUCUCUUAGCUGGGGUUUUACAACACUCUAUUAAAAAUCUUUAAAAUAUACUUUUAUGGUCUUAA